GCGGGCCGGACGCGGCUCUAAAAGACAAGCCCAAAGCCAUAUAGCCAUCGAGCUCUGCCUAAAAUAUACGCUGUCGACGCUUGCUCGACCAUCCGCCAAAGCAACGGGCGUCCGACGCUCCCCAGCCUCGCAGCCUUCAGAGAGGCUUUUUGUGCUGCACAGGAAAACGCCCAUUCCACUGCGAGGCGGAGCUACGAGAUAGCAAAAACACAAAAGAAAUGAAGCUCCGCACCUUCACCUGGAAUGUCUGCGGCCUAGAUGUAGAACAUUUAGAAGCGAAAGACGCCGAGCGGCUCGAUAGCAUACUGGCACAACUCACCGCCACGGACGCGGACGUCGUCUGCUGUGGACUGGUGGAGGUCGUCGAUCUGGACCCAGGAACGGUACUCAGAGAUUCCAUAAAAACGGACAGCGUCUUCCGCACGAGAAGGGUAGAAAGCUGGCGCGUCAAAUGCCGAAACGCGUUGGGUGAUGCCUACACCGAGAUCACGUCCGGCGGCCUCGUGGGCGUGGCCCUCUUCGUCUUCGCCAAGCCCGAUACUUUGGUAGGUGUGGACGUAUCGACCAUCGCCACCGGAAGUCUAGGAGGCGCACUCGGCAAUAAAGGUGCGGUCGUGAUGCGAAUGACGCCGUGCAAAUCCACAUAUUUCCACGUCGUCCACGCGCACAUGGCUUCCGAUUUGGAUCAAGUAGCGGCGAGGAACGCCGAGUACGCGCAAAUUGUGAAUACGAGGUGUGUUCCCGAGGAACAUUCGGCGUUAGGCGACGCUAUAAGAGGCUCAAGACUGUGGCAGCUGAUAGGCCCCGUGCCCUCGGAGGGUUUUGGUGUACUAGACGCGGACGUCGUCAUCUGGCAGGGCGAUUUGAACUACCGGCUUGGAGAUGAGGGCGACGCGCCGCCGCCGCCCUCGCCUUCCUUCGCGAGGCGAGCCUCGGUCGUAGCGGGCGCGGUGGUGGGCGGCGCCGCGGCCGUGGCGACGGGCGUGGGUGUGGCUGUCGUUGGCGUCGGCGCGGCGGUGGCGGGUGGCGCGGCCGUCGGCGCGGGCGCGACGGCCGGCGCCGAAAAACUGGUAGCGGGGGGUAGCCCGGAGAAGGCGGCGACGCCCAAAGAGGACAUUUGGCGGGACGUCGUCGAUGCUAUCGAGAAAGAGGACUGGGACACGCUGCGGUCGCGGGAUCAAUUAAUCGAUGCCAUUGAUAGUGGAGACGCCUUCGAGGGGUUUAGGGAGGCGGAUCUAGCGUUCCCGCCGACCUAUAAGUUAAUCAGGAACGACGAGGACGCCUUGCGGUAUAAACAAAAUAGGCGGCCGGCGUGGUGCGACCGGGUUAUAUGGAGGGGCGACGCCGUCUCCUGUAAAGCGUACGACUGCGUGCCGUCGGCGUUGUCCGAUCCUGUGUGGAAAUCAAAGUUUUACGGCGCGUUCGUUCUGAAUCAUCGCGUCGACCUCCACGCCAUCGACGCGACGCCUGCUCGAUGGCGUGGCGAUGCCGGUUCCUCACCGCUCGACCAAGCCAGGACGGCCGCGGCAUCGCCGAGAAAUGACUUAGUGAAGAAUUGUCGGUGCACCCGACGCCACUGGUUGAUUUCCACACAGGUCCGAUCACGCGCCCGUGUUUGCCGACCUGGCGUGGGAUGAUGUGGCAUUACCACCGCGCGUCGCGCCGGACAACCGGAGCGCGGCGCAGACUUCUGUGCCAUCGGCGGAGCGCCAGACGUCCAUCGCACGCGGCGACCGGAGUGGCCUCGGCGCAGCGGGGUGGUUCGGUGAGGGAGGAGGUUUUGUCUAAUAGUCCUACUU